AUGACGACCAUGCAGGACGACAAGCUACCGCAAGACUGCAUCCCGGACGCUAUAAAUCACGAUCUAACAGCGCUACUUUCUUCUGAACACGUGCAGUAUGUUCAAUCCUGUCGUAAUCUGUUCUUGCGCGCCUUCUUUCCACUUUCAGACGUUGAAAUUCUCGCGCUCGAAGCCAAUGGCAACGCCGCUGAUAAUUGGCAUCAUGUGCGCAAGAUACACGCGCAUUUGCCACUCGUAACGUCUCGCAUCCGUCAGUGUUCGUUCCACGAAAGAGUCGUGCUCGGUAACUUCACUGACGUCUUUAGCCAUGAUGUGGAUGGAAUUUCUUUGCCCUGUGGAGUCUACAACUCAGCUCUGAGCCAUGUUGUCGUACUGGACGAUGCCCUAAUAAAGGACACACUCGUGCUGAAGAACGUUCUUGUCGACGUUCAAGCGUCGGUUAUGAAAUGUGGCAGUGUCAUUGGUCCAGACACUGGAGAAGCGUUUGCUAAUGGUGUAGUGCUACAUUUGGGCGUGGAAACAGGCGGCCGUGAUCUUCGUAUGGUGGCAGAUUUACCUUUUGCUCUAGGGGCUGCAGUCAUCACGCAAAGACAAGAUAUAGACUUGUUAAAGGCAUACGAGACAUUUGUGGACGAGUAUGUGGCAAAAGUUGAGUCACCGAUGGCAAUUGUAGCGUCAAAUGCUCGUGUGCGUGAGUGUUCUCGUGUGCAAGGGACUUUUGUGGGGAAGUAUGCAGUCGUCGAGGAUUGCAAUGUCACUAAUUCGACAAUUCUGUCGACUCUAAAGGAGCCCUCUGUCAUUCGAAUCAAAAGCAUCGUCCGUAACUCGAUCGUGCAGUGGAAUUCGACGGUCGAGACGCUUAGUGUAGUGGAAGGAGCAUUUUUGUGCGAUACAUCGCAUGUGGAGCGUCAUGGAGUAGUCAUGAGCUCCGUCAUUGGACCCAAUACGUCAAUUGCUGAAGGUGAAGUGACGUCCAGUUUUGUCGGACCUUUUGUGGGUUUCCACCAUCAGGCGCUUCUUAUUGCCUCAAUCUGGCCAAAGGGUAAAGGAAAUAUUGGUUUUGGAGCUAAUGUUGGUAGCAAUCAUACUCUCAAGGCUCCUGAUCAAGAGAUGUUUCAUGGCGAAGGAGUGUUCUUUGGGCUAGGGUGCAACGUAAAAUUCCCCAGCAAUUUUGUGAGGGCGCCAUAUUCGGUCAUUGCAACUGCGGUUAGCACACUGCCGCAGCUGGUGUCAAUGCCUUUUGCGCUGAUAAACACACCAGGUCACAGUGUCCCAUCGCUUUCUCCAGCUAUUAAUGAAAUCUCACCAGGGUGGGCGCUUACUAAUAGUGUGUUCACUGUACUCCGGAACGAGAAUAAAUUUCGCACGCGCAACAAAUCAAAGCGCACGCAUAUCGAGGUAGAUGUACUCCACCCGGAAGUUGUACAAUACAUGAAAGAUGCUCGUGCGGAACUUGCAGCUGCAGAAGGUAAAGCGACACUAAGCCUUGCGAACGGGGAGGCUGUGUACACUGAUAAAGAAGUUCGAGGAUUGGGCAAGAAUUAUAUGCGUGAGGUAUCUCGCCUCGCGGGAAUUGCGGCAUAUACAUUCUUCAUAAAGCUGUACGCUCUCGACGCACUAUUGAACCUUGCUGAAAGCGGUUGUGUAUGUGCUGAUAGAACUGUUGCAUCAGUGGCCAGUACUCAAUAUGAGCUAGCUACACUGGCGGAGGAAUUCGACUCCAGAAAACUUGUUUGUGACUGUCUCAAUGAUCUCGUUGUAAUGAAAGCUGAGGUAGCUAAAAUGGCUGCUGAUGGUAAGAUGCGCGACGAUGUGCGCGGCCAGCAAAUUAUUCCCGAUUAUCUGGAUGUGCACAACCCAGCAGCAAGUGAGCCUGUGGUUAUUCAAGCUCAGAGGACUGCACACGACACCAAGCAACGAGUUGCUACGUUCCUAGGGCGCGGAUGA